AUGAGUUGCGACGGCGGUUGGCCAUCCGUGGGCGGGGUGUACACAGAACUACAGGUUCCAGAGUCAAUGGCGCGCGGCUCCCCAUCUCCAACGGCUGGCUGGCGUGGUGGUUACUAUAGUAACAGCAGCUGGCUGUUGAGGAGAAAUGGUGUAAAAAAAAUCACCGUUCGGGCUAAGGUAGCGCAAUUCCGAGGCGGUUUAAUCAUCCCCGGAGAGAAAACAAAAACAUCCACAAAGCAACACCGAAUCUUUAAAGAUAGAUGGUGUCUGUCAGUCACAGCAGUAAUUAUGUUGCAAAACCAAUAUAAGUUGGAUGACGGCAAGAGUAUCUCAAUGGAUUGCUUUCCAAUAAGGAAGAUCUUCAAGGGAGGAUAUCAAAGUGCUGGACACUGGGUGAAGGCUCAGAAAAGCACUAAGGAAAAGGCUUUUCAUGUUAUAAUUGGUCCAAAGCUAAUUCAAAGCGUGGAUCCACAGUCAGCCCCCGUGGACACAGCCCAACAAUCUGACAAGUCUUCUAAACCAACUAAAGAAAAAGUGCUGGAUGGAGAUUUCUUGAAACGGCUGCAUUGUGUGGAUAAUUACUCUGACCUGUGUACUGUGAAUAUUAGUGACCAGAACCUCCAUUCCGUUAAACAAGAAGACCUUAAGUUGUUUGAUUCUGUGGUUUAUGUAAAUGCAGCAGAAAACCAUUUGCCUUUGGAACCAUUUAAACUGUUUCCUGCUAUUCGAGAACUGGAUCUCACAAUGAAUGGUCUGCAGAAAGUGCAGCUGAUCUCAGACGAUUUCCCUCACUUGGAGGUGCUGAAUCUGUCCUAUAACAAACUGUCUAACACGGACAUUCUGACACUGGGGCUCAUUCCUCAACUCAAAAUUCUCCACCUGACUGGCAAUAAUCUGGACUCAUUUCCCCCAGAUCUAACAAUACCCUGUGAUGCCUUAGAUCGGCUCAAGAACCCUUUGCCAAGGUUUUCUGCACUUGAGGUUCUGAUGUUGGACGAUAACAGAUUAUCUGACCCCUGCGUGUUUUCAAGUCUGGCCAAUCUUCACAGCUUAAAGUACUUAAACCUCGACAAGAACAACUUCACUGGGGUUCCCUACCUGCAGCAGAUGGCACUCUCACUGCUGGAGAGGACUGAAGAUGAUCCACUUUGCCAGUCCAUUGUAAACCAAUUCAAACAGCCCAUUCAGUGUCCAAAAGGGGAGGAAAUGGAGACUAAUGAGUUUCAAUCUGAUAUUGAAGCCAGCAAAGAAAAGCUAAAAAUAACUGAAACAGAGGAGAAAACAGUGGAAGAGAUAGGAGAGAAGACGGAAGAGUGGGAAAAUAAUGUUACUGAUGUGACCUUCACUCACAGUGACUCAGAGUCAAAUAUUCCCUUUCCCAUUAUGCAGGGGCAAGAGAGUUUGGCAGCAUUGCUUCAGCCUCCCAAAAUAAAACCAAUGUGUUUUCUGAAACAGAAGAAUGAAUUUCUCCCUCCAUUCUCAGGGCUCAGACACCUCAGCCUUGCAAAAAAUAAGAUAACGGAUGACGAGGAACUGUUAGCUGUUUGUCUCUUUCCGGCACUCAACAAACUGACCAUCUACAAAAAUCCUGUUGCCUGCUACUCCGGAUUCCAACCUGGGUCCCCAAGCCAUCAGCCAUCACCUCGCCAUCAUUUCAUAUUUCCUGUCGUAAAGCACCUGCUAGUGCUCUCCAUGUUUCAGGACAGACUCGGGAUUGAAGUGAUCAGAAGCAAGCCCCGGCCCCCAGGGAAACCACCAGUCUGCAAUAUCUUUAAUCACAAGCGCAAGGUCAACAGUCUCAUUCCACGGAUCCCUAAACAGGUCCCGAUGUUGGAAGCUGCUGAGCAACUCCUAGAGCUGGACCAGGCCAGAGAAGAAGAGAGCCAGUCUGAUGAUGGAGAGAUGGAAACUCCAACACCACCACUUGACAUCUGCUCAGAGCUUCUGUCAUCACUGUCACGCAGAGUCUGCACAUUGGAGAGUAGAUCCUCUGAAGAGAGCUCCUGGACUUCAGAUGAGACCAUCAAAGAAAAGGAAACAGAGGGGUUCUUCAUGACCCAGGUUGACGAUGUGACACUGAACAGUGACGGGUUGGAGACUACGGAGGAAGCAAUUACUGUAGCAUCCUCAUGCACAUCUAAUCUUCCUGAAAAAUAUAAAGGCUACGAAGAAAUUCUGGAUGCAAAUCCUGACCCUGACUUUGUGGAACCAGUUGGAAUUCAACAGAAUGUUCAACAAUUGGAACACUCACUUCGGAAGCUACAGCUGUACCCAGACGCAUUUGCCAGAGUGAACCUCCAGAGGGAGCCCUAUGUGCCCAAGGCAAGAAUGCCGAGGAAACUAGCAGAAUUCUCGUCUCACAAGAGCAGAGCUGAUAAAAUGGAAGAGAUUCUGAAAAGGAUGAAGGAGCAGAGAGCAAUGAGCAUUAUUCCAUUAGCUCAUGUGUUACGGGGCAAGGGCAUCAGCAAGCAAGACUAUGAAGAGGCUGUGCAUUUACUGAGAGGGCUGCAGCUUAAAUACAAGGAAGCUCGAAAGCAGCUGGCUAUUAACUACAGCAAGCUGCAAAGUGAGUGUGUGAAAACUGACCACAAUGAGGAACAGUCUGACAUUAGUCACAAGCUUUCAGGUGAUCAGUCAGAACCAAACAACAGCUGAGAUUAGCAGCGGUGAAUUCUGAUCAGUCCAAUUUCGGUAGGUUUUGUCACAUGAUCUACACCUUUCAUCACUCUUCUGAAAGGACAUGCUGUCAACCUCUACAUUAUCUAUUCAUUUUCUUUAUGACUAAU